AGUUUGCCCCUCGUGCACCGUUGCCCGCUGGUUGGCACACGACGAUCUAGUGUAGCGGACGUACGACGCGCGAUGCACGGUGACGCUGAUGUACGUACACGUUUCAUUAACGAUGCCGGUGCCUCGGCUGUACACAACCACUGAGAAGAAGGCGCACGUGGAGACUGAUUCCGCAGCCAGGCCCUGCGGCGAGGACAGCUGCAUGGUCGGCUCCGCGUGCUCCUGAGCCUCUCCGGCAGGUGUCUCGGCCAUCAUUACAGCCAACACGGCGGCAGGUGGGGAGGUCAACGCGGCUUUCUGGUGCGAGUAGAAGCAGAAGACGUUUAAGAAGUUAAAAUGAGAGAAACGGGUGAGAAAGAUAAUGAUGUCGAAAUUGAAGAAACUACUAAGAGAGAUAAUUGGGACGAAAACACAAAGAAUGAAAACAUGAAAAUAGAAGAGACUGAGGAAGAAAAUGAAGCAAACGAAGCCAACACCGAGAAAAUUGCUUCACCGAAUGGGAGUGACCUGUCCCACGUCACAACCUUCGAAGAUAUCAUGGACAUCGUAGGGACAAGAGGACGCUGGAACCUGCUGCUCUUCCUCCUCUGCAGCUACACAUCGUUCGUGGCAGCUCUUCAGACCCUCUCGUACCAGUUCCUGGGCGCCACUCCUGACCACUGGUGCUACAUUGAACCCCUGGUCGAGGCCGGCUGGUCACAGGAGCAGAUUGUGGACUUUGCUAUCCCCGUUGACGAGGCCGGCAAGCCCGAUUCCUGUUUAAGGUACGAGCACAACUACACGCUGGCGGCAGAGAUGGGCUACGACAAGGCCAAGGCCGCCCUGCAGGCCGCUGCCGCACCCGUCGUCUCCUGCUACGCCAGAGAUUUCAACCGAUCGCAAUACCAAUCCACCGUCACCACUGAGUGGGACCUAGUGUGUGAGCGGAGGGCGCUGUACUCAACAACGCAGGCGGCGUCGCAGAUCGGGAAGCUGGUGGGCUACUUUUUCCUAGGAUACUUGAUAGACACGUACGGGCGGCGCCGGAUAAUGUUGUACUGUUUGGUGCUAUCCAUCGCCACAGCUUUCGGGGCCGCCGUCGCUCCCAACGUGGAGACGUACAUCAUCAUCAGAGUCUUCAUCAAUGUUGCCAACUCCGGCUGUUUCCUCUCUACAUUCGUUCUAAUGAUGGAGACUUGUGGCACAAAGGAGCGCACCAAGAUUGGUACCCUGACUGGCUUAUCGUGGGCCAUCGGCUAUGCGGGUGUCCCGGGAAUCGCCUAUCUCAUCAGGACUUGGAAGUGGCUGCAGGCCGCUUUGUCUCUGCCCGCGCUCAUGUUGAUCUCCUUUUAUUGGCUGCUCCCCGAGUCGCCUCGGUGGCUGAUCCAGCAGGGGAGACACCAGGAGGCGCUCACCGUCCUCAAGUCGGCCAGCAAAGUAAACAAGAGGACGCUGCCGCCGGACCAGCCGAUGCUGGCCGCCUUUCAGCGCCUGUGUGCCGAGCAGGAGUCCGCUGAGUAUACGGCACCACCGGCCGUGCCUGAUGGGGAUGGAGCUACACCAAGCAAGUGGAAGCUCGCUACGCGCUGGGCGGCAGGUGUGCUGAAGAAUUAUCUGGCUGUGCUGAGGGUUAGGGAGAUGCGGCACCGCGCCCUCGUCGUGUUCUUCUGCUGGUUUUCCGCCGCCACUGUCUACUACGGCCUUUCCCUCAACGCGACCAACAUAAGUGUCAACGUUUACCUCUAUGUGUUCCUCGGAGGUGUCCUGGAGUUCGUCAGCUACAUCUUGUUGUGGCCACUGGUCGCUUUCCUCGGGAGGGUGAAGUCCCACGUGAUUUUGAACUUCUUCUGCGGGGCAGCCAUCCUCGUCCUUGCACUGUGUAUCUAUUUCUUCCCAGAGGCUCCCAGCGGCCUCAUCAUGUUCUUCUCGCUGACGGGCAAGAUGUGUAUCACUGCGUCCUUCACACUUAUUUGGAUGUUCACCCUCGAGUUGUUCCCGACCAAGUACCGCUCUCUCAUCACCGGCCAGGCCAGCGUCAACGCCAGGAUUGGAAGCAUCACCUCGCCGUACAUCAAUGACAUACUGGGGGAGGUGAUUGUGUGGGCCCCAUCUGCCGUGUUCUGUGUCCUGGCGCUGGUCGCCGGAGGUGUCUCCCUUCUACUUCCUGAGACCAAAGGGCGGGGCAUGCCUGAGGGGUACAGUUUCCACGACAAACCAAACACCAAGGGCAGUGCCAACCAAGCCUACCUGCCAGACCCAGAGUGCCCGUCAAAAGAGAGUCCCAUCGCGUUAACAAAUAAAGAUCCCGGGCAGCAAUAGCCAGUGGAGCGCCGGCCCGGCAGACACCCACACCAAGGUGUAGCCAGGCAUCCGCGGCGGCACCAAUUCAUCAGGCAGCCCCGCGACAGAUGAUCAAGUAAACAUUACCGUAUCACCUGUAGAAUGUUGUGUUGUGACCUGUUUAGUCGGCAUGCUGUAACAGACGCUGUAGUUGUCACUACUUGAAAUGUACUGUUAUGUAGAAUAGUAAAGAUGUAUAUUGCAUGUGUGUCGUAAUAUAUUUUUUGUUUCACCGUAGUGUGUCUACUAUCGAACAGGAUCUGCUAGUAAAUAUUAUUAAUUAAUUUCUUUAAAUGUCAUUAGUUAUACAUUAGAGGAAUGUAGUACUAAACUAACUAACGAGGAGCAUACAAUGGGGAACGCGUCGCUUCACUGCACAGUGGUGCAAAUAUGCUACAGUGAAUGUAAGAUUUUUGCUCGUUUUGAAUGCAUACUAAUGACAAAAAAAAAAAAAAAUAGUAUUUGUGAUUUCUAUAAUAAGGAAGGAGAAGAUCUCUUAUACUACUCACAUUACAAUUCAUGAACACAUCCUCCAUAUCAUUCGUACCUAUAAACAUUAAGUCACCGACUUAACGCAAUGGCAUUGCCAUAAGUCUUCAAAAUGGCGGAUCUCGGCACUUAAUUCCUAUGUUUGAAUCAUAAGGCCUUAUGACGGAUCUUGGCGCUACGCCACCUCCCGAGGUGGUAUAGUGGCCCGAGCUCUCCUUAAGUUUCCAUUAGGGAUGGGCAAGUACCGUUAAUUUGAAUACCGGUAGUACCGGUACCGAAAACUCAAGUACCGUUAGUACCCGUACCGGUACCGGUACCCGAAGGAGUUUUAUUUUUUCUGAAUGACUUCUGAUGAAAUUCCCAAAUAAAUUUCCUGUAAAGAAAACUCUCUCUCUCCUUCAACUUAAUAUCAACUAGAGUAGAAAUGCAACGUUUAGGAGCCUUCUGAUUAAUGUA